UUUAGAUGCACAGAGAUACCACGGAGAGUGAAUAAAACCUGGGUCACUCCACAAAAACAGCUCGGUGGUCGUUUGUACCUGGGUUGUUUGUCCUGCUUGUGUUUCCACCAUGGCUUGGACAAACUACCAGCUGUUCCUUGCGGGACUUAUGCUAACAACAGGCUCCAUCAACACAUUAUCGGCAAAAUGGGCUGAUAUGUUCUCAGCACAGGGAUGCCAUGAUGACCCUGAACAUAGAUUUUCUCACCCAUUUGUGCAGGCGGUGGGUAUGUUCCUGGGAGAGUUCAGUUGUCUCGCAGUCUUCUACAUCUUGCUUUGCCAUGACAGACGUAGACCAGAGCCCAUCAUGAACCCAGGGCAGAGUUUCAACCCCCUGCUGUUCUUCCCACCCGCCAUGUGUGACAUGACGGCCACCUCCAUCAUGUAUGUUGCCCUCAACAUGACAAGCGCCUCCAGUUUCCAGAUGCUUCGCGGCGCCGUCAUCAUCUUCACCGGUCUGCUCUCUGUGGCUUUCCUGGGCCGACGGCUCAAAUCUAGCCAGUGGAUCGGCAUCCUCAUCACCAUCCUGGGCCUGGUCAUCGUGGGCCUCGCAGACCUCCUCAGUGGGAAUAAAGACGACUCACACAAAAUGAGUGAUGUCAUUACGGGAGACCUUCUGAUCAUCAUGGCUCAGAUCAUUGUCGCAGUUCAAAUGGUCCUGGAGGAAAAAUUUGUUUACAAGCAUGACGUCCAUCCUCUUCGGGCUGUUGGUACUGAAGGAUUUUUCGGUUUCAUUGUCCUGUCGCUGCUGCUCAUCCCCAUGUACUUCAUCCACGUGGGUAACUUCAGUAACAACCCUCGACAGGUUUUGGAGGACGCUCUGGACGCCUUCUGUCAGAUCGGCCACCAGCCUAUGAUCCUCCUGGCACUGCUGGGCAACACGGUCAGCAUCGCCUUCUUCAACUUCGCGGGGAUCAGCGUUACUAAAGAGAUCAGCGCCACCACCCGUAUGGUGCUGGACAGCCUGCGUACGCUGGUCAUCUGGGUGGUCAGUCUGGCGCUGGGUUGGGAGCAUUUCCACGGUCUGCAGGUGCUUGGCUUUUUAGUGCUGCUGCUGGGCACGGCCUUGUACAACGGACUGCACCGCCCCCUGCUGGCCAGGAUACCGUGCUGCGCCGGGCUGGUGGACUCUGAGGAGGAGCACAGUCCAGAGGAGAGGGAGAGGCUUCUGACUGGAGGCAGAGAACAGGCAGGAGACCAGAGCUGAACGCCAAACAUGGACUCCUGCACGGACACUUGACCUAGUAUUUGUCACAGACGCGACACUUAUCAUGAAUGCUGUCGGUGAUAGUUUCUUUUUAAGUUUUUUUUGGUUUUGUUUUGUUUUCUCAUGUUACGGUGUUGUAACGUGGAGAUUCACAGAUGAAGCUGUUUUAUUACAAAACAGAUUUUAAGCAGGGAUUAAUUCACUGAAAAAGAAAAUAAUUUACAGCCAUCAUUUACACUUUUUUAUUCUUAUUAUUAUUUUAGAAAAAUCCUUGAACUGGCUGGUUUUUUUUGGUGUUUUUAGUGCUAAUUAGCUAAAGCGCUAGUUUAGGAAAAUUACUAUUGCACAGAAAAGACACAUUUUUAGAUAAUUUUAGAUUUCAAAUGGUUUCUGAUGAUAAUUUUAAAGGUUCAGUUGUGUACACUUUACCUUGUAUUUGUCAGACACAACACUUAUCAUGAAUGCUAUCAGUGAUGGUCUCCUUUUAAUUUUUUUUUUUUUUUUUUCUCAUGUUACAGUGUUGUAGCAUGUCAAGAUUCUCAGAUGAAGCUGUUUUAUUACAAAACAGAUUUUAAACAGGGAUUAAUUCACUUCAGAUUCCUUAAGAAAAUAAUUUACAGCCAUCAUUUACACUUUUUUAUUCUUAUUAGAAAAUCCUUGAACUGGCUGUUUUUUUGGUGUUUUUAGUGCUAAUUUGCUAAAGCGCUAGUUUAGGAAAAUUACUAUUAAACAGAAAAGGCACAUUUUUAGACAAUUUUAGAUUUCAAAUGGUUUCUGAUGAUAAUUUUAAAGGUUCAGUUGUGUACACUUUACCUUGUAUUUGUCAGACGCAACACUUAUCAUGAAUGCCGUCGGUGAUAGUCUCCUUUUAAUUUUUUAUUUUUUUUCUCAUGUUACUGUGUUGUAGCAUGUGGAGAUUCUCAGAUGAAGCUGUUUUAUUACAAAACAGAUUUUAAACAGGGAUUAAUUCACUUAAAAAGAAAAUAAUUUACAGCCAUCAUUUACACUUUUUUAUUCGUAUUAUUAUUUUAGAAAAUCCUUGAACUGGCUGUUUUUUUGGUGUUUUUAGUGCUAAUUUGCUAAAGCGCUAGUUUAGGAAAAUUACUAUUGCACAGAAAAGGCAAAUUUUUAGACAAUUUUACAUUUGAAAUUGUUUCUGAUGAUCAUUUUAAAGGUUCAGUUGUGUAAGAUUUAUUGGGAUUUAAGUGGAUCAAUUGAUUGUAUGUCCAUAAUCAUGUUGUCAUUUACAUAUAAUGGCCUGAAGACACGAAUCACAGUGUAAUCGUACAUAGCAUAGUUUGAUUGUAAUGUCUAAUUCAGUGGAGCAUAAACUACAUUCGUACUUCAUCAUUUUGAAAGGUACAUCUGUAAUGCAUUCUGUGUGAUAGAUUACGCCUCUGACAUUUAUGAUUCAUAGUCAGUAUUCAUGCGUUUGUUUCCCAGAGCAGAGACACAGAGGAUUACUGAUAUUACUCCCUGCUGGCACCAGCUCCCUUAUAACACACAUUUAGAAUUUCACUGUGCUACGGGGCUGGAAAGCUGGGAUCUGACUAAAGUUAACAUUAGACACUAACGUUGUAGUUUUGACACGCAAACAGGAGACAAUAACUAGUAAUUUAUGAUAGUUUCCUAUAACGUUACAUACACACAGAAUAAGGUACUGUUAUAUUAUGUAGAAUAAUUGUGUAUAUCAGUGUCACUUAUAUUAUAUUUUGCACUUGUUUCACAUUAAGGUUAUGGUUUUUGUCGAUUUUGGUAAUUAAUAUUAAUGCUAUUCUGUCUCUUCACUAUGUUUUUUUUUCCACAGAAAAACAUUAGGAAUAAUACAUUUCACUUAAUGGGCCACAGGACAUGAAAAUAUUGUCUGUGAUUAUCAGUUAUUUGGUUAUUUUAGAUUUUAGAGUAGUUAAAAUGAAGCUUACAUCUCUAGCUUUAACCAUUUUCAGGUUUAAUGUGGAUUUUACACCCGAAUGUAAAAGCAGGUGUAACUUCACACUGAUUUCUUCGACAGGAACAACCAUGUUUGCUUUGUUUCUAUUGUAGCACAGAACCUCUCUUUUUUUUUUUUUGCAUUUGAUAGCAAGCACUUUGCUUUCAUUUACUACUGUUGAAUGUGAAUGAGAGGUUUUUUCUUCUCAAAUAUAGCCGAGAACUGACAGACUUUCCAAUUUAUUCCAGUUGAAGGGCAUUAAUAUCGCUGCAAUCUGCAACUUCACCACUAGAUGCCAGUAAAUACCACACACUGAACCUUUAAUAUUGGUUUAAUGGUCCCCAGUGCAUUUUUUAAUGUCCUUAAUUUUAUAUAUUGUAAGAGCCAGUGUAAUUUUUUUUAUCCUAAUUUUGCCAAAGUUUUCUUUGCAUAUAGAGAACUGUUCACUGCCUUGAGACUGGAAUACACUCGAUGUUGUUUUACUGAAAUUCAGACAUCUCAAUUACACUUCAGUUGAAAAUAUUAUCAAAUAUAAAUAUGUAUAUUUGCAUUACAGUGAUUUGUACUUUGAUAUGUGGUUUACAACGUGAUCUAUACAUGUCAUUACAAAACCUUCACUGUUCAGUUGUUGAAAGCGUUGCCUGUCACGUUAAACAGGGGAAAAAAAAGGGAACAGUUAUUAAAUCAUUUACGGAAUCCUGA